CGAAGCUCCUUAGUGUGUGAACCCUGGCGCCGGAGACGACGUAAACAUGGCGAGAUUUCUGAGGCUCCUGCAGGAAAAUCUCUCGCUGGCCGAUAGAACCCUCGACAGGUUGAUAAGCAGUCUAUUUUCACAUGGGCCUCCCCCCAGUGCAGCUAUGGUGUGUGUGGAGCAUGUACCACAACAACAAGCCAUUUCAGGCAGCCAGAGUCCCCUUCAAGAUUUGAUUGGUGAAGGCAUCUUGUGGGCUGUACCCAAGAAUCGUAGAAGCAGAGAGAAGAGGUUGACAAGGAAGUUUGGUUCAGAAACAGGACACAAGAAAAUGCUACCAGUAUUGAAACUGCUCACCUGUAACAACUGUGGCCAUGUUCAUGAACCUGGCCGUCUGUGUCCAAAUUGUUAUGGCAAAAUAAAGGAAGUGACAGAAGCUAUGCAGAAUGCCAUGAAUACCACACAAGGACUGAAGCCAAUUGAAAAUGAUGUGUUUCCAGUCUUCAAAGGUGAAAAAAUCAACACUGAAGAUGGAUUCUUUGAGGUAUGUGCUGCCUAGUCUCACUUGGGAAUGCAU